CAGAUUUCCAUCACACCUCAUCACAUCCAUCAUCCAUCUCGACGAUCCAAGCAGCACAAGAACGUCGUCUCUGAUCACCACCACCACCACCACUGAAUCAACAAGCUCGCAGCAGCUCUGUUCUAGCUUAGGCCGGCGUCCGUCCGCACCGUCCAAAUGGCGCACCACUUCCUGGGCAAGCACCACAGCAAGGCCACCGCCGCCGGCGAGGCGCCGCCCAAGGUCACCGACUGGCGCAAGGAGGAGAAGCACCACAAGCACAUGGAGCAGCUCGCCCAGCUCGGCGCCGUCGCAGCGGGAGCGUACGCCGUGCACGAGAAGCACAAGGCCAAGAAGGACCCCGACCAUGCGCACUCCCACAAGAUCAAGGAGGACGUCGCCGCCGCCAUCGCCGUCGGCAGCGCAGGCUUCGCCUUCCACGAGCACCACGAGAAGAAGGACGCCAAGAAGCACCGCCGCAACGGCCACCGCCAUUAGUGUAGUGUGUGUGCACCGCGCACCACAUAUAGCAUAUAUAUACAGAUAUAUACUGUAUAUAUAGUACAAUAAAUUGGACGUACUAUCGUAGUCCUACUACUACUGUAUGUGUGUCGAUCCUGUACUGCUUAUUCACAUUGCAUUGAUUUAUUAUUUAUUCAUGUUACUGUUUUUUUUGUCCGUA